GAAGGGAAGGGAACAAACACACAAACCCACCACAAUGUCCACACUUCCACAACAAGAACCACAACCACCAAACCCAAUGCAGCAACAUCCACUCCCCAAUCCCAAUCCCAAUCCCAAUCCCAAUCCCAACCCUAACCCUAAUUCCCUUCUUCUUCCCAGAACCAUUGGCAAUGCCAACACCCGCGACGCUGCCAAUGCUGCUGCUUCUCCUGAUGCGAAUGCGAAUGUGAAUGCCAUCUCCUCCUCCGAGAAUCGCGCCGCUCCAUUCACCACCAGCGCUGCCACGUCAUCCUCCUCCUCCUCCACCUCCACUACAACAAUGCUGGGCAGCACCACUUCCCCCAUUCCCAACAACCACCCUUUCAUCAGGUCCAGCUCCGCUGCCACCGGUGGGACCCACCACCACCACAGCAGCGGCAGCGGCAGCGGCAGCGGCACGGGCAUAAACCACAGGAGGGCCCACUCGGAGGUCAGCUUUCGGCUGCCGGAGGACCUCAUGGAUCUCUCCGGCCCCGAUCCCUUCAACGGCGCCGGAUCCUCCACCGACGACGUGGGAUCCGAGGAGGAUCUCUUCUCCACCUACAUCGACCUCGACAAGCUCCAGGCCGGCUCCGCUGACGACAAUGGGCCCAAUGAGAACAACGGCGGCGUCGGAGAGAAGCGGCCGUCGCGGCACAGGCACAGUAGCUCGGUGGAUGCGUCGUCCACGUCGACGGGUGUGUUCGGAGAGGUCAUGGAGGCCAAGAAGGCAAUGCCGCCUGAUAAGCUCGCCGAGCUUUGGAAUCUUGAUCCAAAGCGCGCCAAAAGGAUAUUAGCAAAUCGGCAGUCUGCUGCUCGCUCAAAAGAGAGGAAGGCCCGCUAUAUACAAGAACUUGAGCGCAAAGUUCAGACCCUUCAAACAGAAGCAACCACUCUUUCUGCCCAACUCACAUUAUUCCAGAGGGACACAACGGGUCUGAGCACUGAAAACACAGAGCUUAAGCUUCGGUUACAAGCUAUGGAACAACAAGCUCAGUUGCGAGAUUCUCUAAACGAAGCACUGAAGAAGGAGGUUGAGAGGCUCAAGGUUGCCACAGGGGAGAUGAUGAGCCAUUCAGAAUCAUUCAACAUGGGAAUGCACCAAAUGCCAUACAACAACAACCCGUCCGCUUAUUUUCCAAUUACACAACAGCAACCAGGACCUGCUGGUCACCAGAACAUGCAGUUGCCACCAUUCAAUCAUUCCCAGUCUAGUAUGCCCAGUAACCAUCUUCAUCAGCCAAACUCUCAUACUCUUUCAGAUAUUAUGCAGAAUGGCCCUGUUGGUCAGUUACAGGGGCUUGACAUCAGUAAUAAAAUGCCACAUCUCGUGAAGUCUGAAGGCCCCUCGCUUUCUGCAAGUGAGAGUAGUACCACUUUUUAACUCAAACUUGCCGCAAAGCUUCUGACCUGCUGACUCGUCCAUGAUUCGCCGUCUGGUAGAUUGUUUAUAGAUUGACAUCCAAUCAUUUAGAGAGCCUGCUCUAUAUAUAUUUCAUUAUUUAUUCCAUUUUGUUUUAAGGUUUCAUUCUCAAUUGUUUAUUCUUAGGGCUCUUCCCCAGAAAGGGGAAGCACCCUUUUCAUCAGUCCAUUGUUCGAUGCUGAGUUUUUGAUUUAGGUGCUAUAUCUGGGAACGAAAGGUCAUUCCCAUGGAUAUGGGAGUGCUAUAAUAACAGCAUUCUCUUCCUUUGUAUCUCAUUUCAUUUAAAACCUUUGUACAAACUUUGUGCACUACUGUGGUCGUUUUUAUCUCACGGGUUGAUUGCAUUGA